AUGGAGAAAGAGUUUCACAAAAAUGAAUCUGGCAAUUGGGAGAUGCCGCUACCCUUCCGCUCUCCGAACGUGACGAUGCCAAACAACCGGGAGCAAGCUAUGAGUCGCCUGCAGAGUUUGCUGCGUACCUUCAAAAGAAAGCCCCAGAUGGAGAAAGAUUAUUUGGAGUUUCUCAGAAAGGUAAUCAAAUGCGGACAUGCCGUUCCAGUCCAACGAAGCGACGUCUCUACAGAACAAGAAGCCAAACCCACAAACCCGGACGAUAAAACAAGCGUCAAGCCUGGCAAAGUGUGGUACCUCCCGCAUUUCGGAAUCUCUCAUCCCAAAAAGCCGGACCAGAUUCGAGUAGUUUUCGACUCAUCUUGCGAGUACAAAGGUGCAUCUCUCAACAAAGAGCUACUGGUUGGUCCAAACCUAAUGAACAGUCUACUGGGAGUCCUCAUGCGCUUUAGACAAGAAAGCGUUGGAGUGAUGUGUGAUGUGGAACAAAUGUUCCACUCGUUCUACGUCAAUCCAGCCCACAGAGACUUUCUCAGAUUCUUAUGGUUCAAAGACAAUGACCCAUCCCAGGAGAUUAUCGAAUACAAGAUGACCGUCUACCUUUUCGGCAACAGCCCUAGCCCAGCCGUGGCUACAUUCGGGAUGAGAAAAGCUGCAAACGACGGCGAGGAGGAACACAGAGUGGACGUGAAGAAGUUUAUUUGCGAUUGUGCGCGAUCUGGACCUGCGACAAAGACGCCCUUCCUGCUCAAAGAACACUCGGCGUGCAAUGGGACUUGGAGAGCAAUGUCCUGACAUUCAGUGUCAACCUGCCAGAUAAACCAUUUACGAGAAGAGGAGACCUGUCCGUAGUAAAUUCGAUCUACGACCCUCUUGGACUGCCUGCACCUGUUGUCUUGGUAGGAAAACUUCUACUACAACACUUAGUCGUCCUGGGAAAGAAGAAACAGAAAGAUAAAUCCCUUGGAUGGGACGAACCCCUCCCUGACGACUCAAAUCUACGCUGGCAAUCUUGGAGAAGUUAACUACCUGCCCUCGAGAAUGUCUCUGUUAGCCGAUGUUACCACCCAAGGAACUUUGGUUGUGUCGCCCGCAGUGAGAUCCACGCAUUCUCGGACGCAAGUAAAGAUGCCAUAG